AUGCUGUUCAAGCCCUGCUCGACCGAAUCCUAUGAUGGCUUGGAUGUGCUUGUCGACCAUAUAGAAGUUGUCGAUUCCUCUCCAGGAGAAGAAUACGUGUACAUAUAUGGGGUUAUAUUUAGUGCAGCUGUUUUCUGCAACAUGCUGAAGAACGCGUGUGUCUAUGUCAAGCACGAUCGAACUUGGAAGUUUCAGAAGAACACUGUUGUUGCCACAUGUGGAGAGAACGGCCAGCUUUUCUACCAUCCUGACCCGUUCUCCCCAGCACCUCCUUUCAAAGGUGCCCCGAGCGCUGUAAAAAGGAUGGAGUACGCUGCUAGGCGAAUAGACAAUAGGAAAUACAGGGAUCAACGCAGUAAAGUCCUGGAAUCUGACCAAUUAGACAGCGCGACGUGUUCUAAAUGCAAGAUGCGAUUUUUCUUGCCGUUCCGACAUUUCAAGAACCGAAUAACGUAUCGUGUGCCUGAGAAUCCAUAUCUGCUGCCGAUGCCUCGUUUCCGAUGUCCUCUUUGUGAAGAGGACUCACCGAUUGAGUUAUGA